GGGACGGCACCGGAAGCAGCGGGGUAGCGGCGGCAGCAACAUGGGGAAGCAGAAGAAGGCGCGGAAGUACGCGGUCAUGAAGCGCAUGAUCAGCCUCCGGGACCAGCGCAUUAACGAGAAGGAGCGGGCGAAAGCCCGUGUGAAGAAGAAAGAGGACCCGAGUGCCAUCAAGGAGCGGGAGGUCCCACAGCAUCCCUCUUGCUUGUUCUUCCAAUAUAAUACACAGUUGGGCCCACCUUAUCACAUCCUGGUUGACACAAACUUCAUCAACUUCUCCAUCAAGGCCAAGCUGGACCUAGUGCAGUCAAUGAUGGAUUGUCUUUACGCCAAGUGUAUUCCGUGUAUCACAGAUUGUGUAAUGGGUGAAAUUGAGAAGUUAGGACAGAAGUACCGUGUGGCAUUAAGAAUUGCUAAGGACCCUCGGUUUGAACGCUUGCCAUGUAUGCACAAAGGAACCUAUGCAGAUGACUGCUUGGUACAGAGGGUUACUCAGCACAAGUGCUACAUUGUGGCCACAGUGGAUAAAGAGCUCAAGCGGAGAAUACGAAAAAUCCCGGGCGUGCCCAUAAUGUAUAUUUCCAGGCACAGAUACAAUAUUGAGAGGAUGCCAGAUGAUUACGGAGCUCCUCGCUUCUAACCUGUCCAGCCAAGCCAUCAAAGCCUGAGCAAGGAUAAGGGUUCUUCUGAUUCUAAGCCUCCUGCUUUCUUUUUUGCUGGAACUCGACCCAUAGGACUGUGGGUGACAUUGGCCUGACUUCAUAUCCUUGAUCUUCUAAGAAAAAGCUACUUGGAAGAGUCUAGGUUUAUUCAUCCUUGUUCUGACUUGGACUGAUUACCUAUGGCUGGGAGAAGCAUAUGGAAAACAGAGGAUGGCAGUGCCCAGAACAUGCCUCACAUCCUCUUCACUGGCAUCAAAAGAAAAGGUGAUUUCUACAUUCCAAAUUAAAUAUUGGUGUUGCAAGUCUGGCUGAGAAUGAUGCACCUGCAGCGGGACAAGCAUUCUUCUGGAGAAGAGACAUCAAAUCUGCACUUGUUUGGCAUGCCUGCUCUAGACCAGUGGUCUAGAAGACUUUAAUUCAGAAUUGGUGUGAUUUUAUUCAGCUGUACAAUGAAUGAAAUUUGGUUAAGUGUCCUGCUCAGUCAGAUAUCUGUGUCUGUAUUGGGUUGGCUGGCAGCCCAGUCAGCCCUUUUGCUUACAUGCAGUCUGGUGACAGGACAGUAGGGUUGGGUCAGAUCUCUCUUGUUUGAUUGGUCCCUAUCCACCUAAAAGCCCUAUACCUUUUUGGUAGGUGUCAGGGGAGAGGAGGAAAUUAUCAAAUUGUAACAGGAAGGUGUCAAACUGGGAAAGGUAUUAAUGUGGGCUGGGAGAAGUCAGUGGGGGAAAUAGGAGCAAUGGCUGCAGAUCAAGAGUCUCAGACCUGCAGUCUUUGCUGCAGGGAAGGAAGUGGUCAGAGGAGGGAGGAAAAAGAGAUAGUUAAGCCACGUGGAAAAAUGCAGGGGAAGAUAUUUUAAAGCCCUAACUCUGCAUUCUCAUAUCUUCUCCAGUACUAUUUAAUUUUUAGUGACAUAAUUUGCUCUUCUGAUCUCUGCUGUGUGGUGAGAACUGUCUUAAACUGAGAAACAGGAGAAUAUGAGAGUCACCAGGGGCCAACAAGCUGAAGUGUGCUUCCUGGACAAAAUGCUGGGGUAAAGGUAUAGUAAGGAGAGAAACUGAAAAUUUAUAUUCUUGGUGUAAUUAAGAAAAUAUUCAAACUUUAAUACAGACCUUAUCCUGUGGUGUCUUGCACUGGUUUGGCUUUUGCAGAGAAUAGCUGAACUCAGCUGGCUGUAUGCUGGACAGCAUACAAGCAAGAUAAUACCCUUCCUCUGCUAAUGAUUUCCUAUCCUUGGGAAAUGCCCUGACAUGCUAAUAACCUUGAUAGCACCUUGCCGCUACAGAUAUUGCAGGAAACUUUGGGAAUACAUCAGACUUAGCCCUUGUACUAUCUUUUUGCUUGCUGUAGGUUCACCUACUAAACAUCCCUGAAAUAACCUGAAUCAUCCCUGAAUAACAGCAUACUAGCACUUUCAGAACAUAGCCCCUUCCAAGCUGUCACAACUGAAGUUUAUCUUCUCCACCUCCAGCUAGGAAGAGGGUAUAAUCUAUGUGGUAUAAACUCAAAAGUGCCCAUUUAGUGAAGUUUUUUACUUCUUAAAUUAAUGUUCCUUGUAGUCUGCCUAGUUCUAGUAACAGGAGGAAGAACCUGGAAUAGGCAUAAGGCAAUUGCCGAAGAAAUGUUAAGAGGGUUGGAGGAUGGGCAGCAGGGAGAAAGUGGUGCCAGUGAGCAAACUCAUCAGGAAAUUUUUAUUAACUGAAUGUAGUCACCAAGACAAGAAAAAUGUGGCUAUUAACUGAAAGAGCUUAGUCAGAACAGGAAAGGACCAACUGAGUAAUCAACUGCAGCCCCUACAGUCUCAGGGAACCUGUGUACCAGACACUUGGUUCAGAGGAAAAUAUUUACUCCAUACACACCAUGGCAUCCCAAGCUCAGAUCCAGUUUACAGUGUAUUAAAGGAGAAAAGAUCAUUACGACAGGAAAAACUUUUGUAAGCAAGAAUGUUCUCAUGUUCCUAUGAAUGCAAAACUCUGCCAGUCCAAACCAGAAGAAAAUUCCUUCCUGACCCAACUUUGGCAGUUGUUUUAAACCUGCACACGAGUUAGAUAUCAAACAGAUGCCUGCAACGUUUCUCAGUAGGGAAUCCAGCCUCCCCCUAACAUCCUGUCUCUUGCUGUAGCCAGUUUCCAUAUUUCCAGAAGACAGAGAACAAUCAGAAAAGCCACAAAAGGAGAUCUGAAGUUAUGCAAAGAAUGGGAGAAAAUAGUUUCUGCUCCUUGCUGGGGGCCACCAGAAAGCCCAAGAUACUGCAAUGUUACCACCAAAUGAUGUGAAGAAACAAGCUGCUGAUCCAAGGUGUGACACUAGUAAAGGGAUAACUGAAAUGUGGUAGAAUAGCAUUUAGAAGCAAAAAUAGCACAAGCUAUUAAAAUACAAACUAAACACAGCACGAUGAUGUACAUUAAUGUUACAGACUGUAAAAGAAUAAGAAGGCAUAAUGUGAACUUGACAGGGUUGCUUUAGGACAAAGUAACAUUGGGUAAAGACGAAGUAUUUUGGCUGGCAAGAGUCAAGUCGUCUCCUGCCCAAACCAGAUCCAGGUAUUGACAACAGCAUCUGUGAAGUUACUUGGCAGUUACACUUUGACCUCCUUGAUAUAGGCUGGGAAACAAUUGCUACUGAAAAUGAUUGAGUACAUGUGUUUCUUCAUAUGGGAAGUAACGGGUUUCUUCACAAUAUUGAGUAACCACAACAAACAGCAGGAAUACUGGGGGAGACCUGCCUGCAUGAAGUAACUUUGAGUAAAUGAUUACACGAGAACUCUGAGUUGAUCAGAAGGGUAAAUCAAAGGAUGUUUGCAACAGGAAUUCCCAAUUUUGGAACAACAGACUUUUGAAAGCUUAGUGAGUGAGUAAAUUGAUCCAAAGAGUUCAAAGAUAUAAAUGUUAAGUACAUGUAUAAUGUGGAGGAGAUGGAAGCUAAAAUACUUAUGCUCUCUGGAAUCAUACUCACUGCAAGGCAAAUCUUAGAGGAGCACCACCCCAGACAGAAAAAGAUCAAUAAUGACCUCUAGGUGAAAGGAAAGGAUAUUGAAGGAAAAUUCUAUGUGUAUUAUUUUUUUUCUUAAAGAUUAGCAUCUCCUGA